AUGAAGAUGAUGGGAGCAGCAGAUCUACUCUUUGUCACUAUCAGUCAUAAUGUUUCCUUAAUUGGCAAAACCUGGUGGAUAUUGAUGCUGGUUUUACGUCUGCUGGUCCUCUUGCUGGCUGGUUUCACCCUCUUUAGCGAUGAACAGGAGAGAUUUAUCUGCAACACCAUCCAGCCAGGCUGCUUGAAUGUUUGUUUUGAUGUAUUUGCACCUGUAUCCAUCUUCCAUCUGUGGCUGUUACACCUUAUUCUUCUCUGUCUUCCACAUCUGAUGUUUGCAAUUUACAUCAUGCAUAAAUUAUUACCAUAUUCCUACUUUGGAGUUUUCUACUGCGACAGGAAUCGGGGAGGUUCGCCUUUCACCCUGGAGAACUCGAGCUCCUCAAGAGAACAGUCCUUGAAUAAAGCCCCACUUCAUGAUCUCAUGCCUGAAUGGGGAACGCCACGUUUCUACAGUGCUUACUUCUUGGUUGUGAUUUUUCAGAUAAUUUUAGAGAUGGUUUUCGGUGCAGGCCAGUUUUUUCUCUUUGGUUUGUCUGUUCCAAAGACCUUCCUCUGUCACGAGGCUCCCUGCACAUCUGGGAUCGAAUGCUACAUCUCCAGACCUACCGAGAAGACUUUAAUGCUCAACUUCAUGCUAAGCGUCACCACCUUGUCUGUACUACUGAGUCUGGUUGACCUGGUGAGCUCCAUGAAUGCGAUGAUGAGAUGGAGGAGGAAGAGGGAGAUGCUGAUGGAGGAGAUGAGUAAAGGAGAGCAAAGCAGUGUUUUUACAACGACAACUGCAUCUGAAGACAUCAAUGUCCUUUUAAGCAGGAGAACUAGCCCAGGUGGAAGUUCACACAAUGGUUUUAGAGAUGAAAAACACACUGCUGGUGUUGUGCCAAAUGGGGAACUUCUUCAUUCAAAUGGGUCCACCUUUAAAACAGGUAUUUCUGCUAAUGAGAAGAGUCUAAAAUGCAUAAACACAAAGGCAGCAAUGUCCCGCUCACCCUCUCCCAUAAGCUCUUUGGCGCCAACUCACUUUGUCCUCCAGAGUCACCUGAAACCUCCACCGGCUCCUCGCUCAGAGAGGGAACCACUACCAAACACUGGGAUGCCUACACCCAUGGGUGUCAAAAAGCUGAGCCAGUACACCCCAAUGAGCGCAAACUCAAGCCAACAGUCUGAUAGCAGUGAAUCUCCUCAAGACAAGAGGGCAUGGGUGUAA